CACGGCUCCCAAAAGAUAUGGCCCCCCGCCUUCAUCAAGGUGCUGAAGUCCUGUGCGUCUGUGCCAGAGAUCAUCGAAGUCCUCUUCAACUCGUACUCACAAAUCCCUGUCUCUGAGAAGUGGGCUGAGGCCGUGCCGGAGGAAGUGUUGCAGCAGCACCAGCUUUUCUACAAGUCCUUUUUCCGGCUGGUGGGCACUGUGCGGUGCCUGCAACAUUUGUGCCGCUCUGCCAUUCGGAAGAAGUUUGGCAGCAAAUGCCAUUGCCUCAUCCCGUUGCUGCCCGUGCCCAAACCUCUGCGCGACUACCUGCUGCUGGAGCCUGAAGGAGUCGUGCUUUGA